CUCCCACCUCCGGGUGCCCACUCUUUUAAAAUGUGUGAUGCCGCGCAGAGAUGCUCCAUUUCUCAUGAUGGACACCAAAGACACUGAGUCGGGGAUGCUGCAGGGACGCGCAGCCGUCGGCCUGGAGGCGCGCGGAGGACAGAGGAGGCUCUCGGUGCGCCAGAUCACCUGCAGCGUCCUGACGUGCGCGUGCGCCGCGCUGUGCGUCUACACGCUCUACAAAGUUCACCGCGUAGACGAAGCUUUGCGUCCUGUUGAAAGAGGGAUAUACCUGAACUUAAAGAAAGUUAUAGACUCCACUUACCUAAACUUCACUGUGACCUGGAACAAUAGUCUCACGCUUCACCAUGGCAGUGAGGUAAUGGUGCCCUUUGCAGGCCCCUACAUUUUCUACAUCUGUGCUGUCGUGGAAGGUAAUGGCACGAAAGGCAACCUGACCUUGUCACAGGGGCAAAUGAAGACCUCCUUUGAACUGUUGGCCACAUCAGGCAAGAGGUGUGUGAGACAACAGAAAUUGAUCAGCCUCUACGAAAAGGAGAAGGUCACCUUUAGUUUCAAAAACUCAGAUGUCCCACUUCUCUACCUAAGAGACCUCCGUGUAGGCCUACACUACUUGCUGGGAGCCCAAGACUUUGACACUCCUAAUGUUAAAUAAAGGGAUUAUUAUUCCAUGUCAAGAUAUUCCAUACCCUGCUCAAGAUAAAACCUAAGGAUUAUUUCUUAUUUACGCUGAAGAUUUGUGUCACAGUUAAUCAGCAAAUAUACACGGGGUUAAGGUGGUUGAAAGUGCCAUUGUCUCUUGCUUUUUACAAUGGUUACAAUUUUAUAAUAUUCCCAGUUUCCUAAAAAUAAGCUAUGGAUGUGUCAGAUUUAGAGGUGUGUAUGCUUUAGUUUACUGACACAGCUUAUUUGGUUAUCAGGCUUAUUGCCAUUUGAUGACACUUUGACACAUUUGUCUGCAUCAUAUUGUUACAAUAUGUACAUUAAUCUGUUGUAUGGGCUGCUUUUAUAAGCCUAGCCUGAUGAAAAUGGCUAAUUAUCUACUGUAUAAUGUAACAAAGCCAUGACGGAAUGUAUUCUAUACUAGAAAAUAUGUGAAUUGAUACAAUGUUGUAUCAAAGUUUACACAUAUAUAGGGGGAAUGUAUAUUGGAUUUUAUAUUUAACAAUAUUGUUUUUUAGGCUGUUUUGAAGCUAUGCAAUCACUAUAAUAUGAAAUUACUGAUAAUGGUAACGUUAACUUGGCAAUGUUCUCAAUGUUAAUUUUGUGAUUUUAAAUAAUAUUACUGAUAGUAAAUCAUGCAAAGUGAUGAAAAAACCUGAAAGUAAAUAUUUAUAUAGCUACAACUUAUAAAAUAUCACUAAAUGCAUGACCCAUUCGAUUCAAAUUUGACUUACCAUUUGCUAUAUC